GUCCGCCACUUGCCCCGCUGGUAGUGCCUAGUUACAGAAUGUAAACGAAACUGCAGAGGAUGAACGCCCACGGGAGGACACCGACCGGCCAGCUGCUUAAUACUCCCAGAAUGAAUCAUACAUUUGUAACCCUUGCUGAUAUACUGGAGGUGAGAGGAAGACCCCUAAAUGAGAGUGACAUCUGGCUACUUUUACUGUAUACAACAGAAUCUUUCCUAAAUGCAUCUAACAAAGAUCACCUCAACAUUUCUAAUAUCUCCCCUGGAACACUUUUGCUUUCUGCCAGUGGACAGCUUGGCUUCAAACAUGAUUCAACUGAUGAAGAAUUUUGCACUUUUGUUGCACCUGAAAUUCUUCAAGGUGAAGGCUCAUCUGCACCACUAGCAAUUGAAAAGAUACUGGUGUAUUCUUUGGGAAUGACUUUUUACUGGUCAGCAGAUUACAAGGUUCCUCAGAACGAGCCCAUCCAGCUGAGUGAUCAUCUGAAUUGCCUUUUGCUAAGCAUGUGUGAAGAUAUGGCCCACAGGAGACCAGAUCUGAAAGCUAUUCAAGAAACCUGUGAAGCACAUGUUCGAUCGGCAGAGAUGUCCCAUCCCACCAGUGUUAUUAAACAGCUUGUGGAAGAGGCCCUCCAGAGUAAAGAAGAUCACAUUCACUUUGAAGGAAUUUCAGCCCUCCUGAGUGACCGAACUCAGAUGAUCAGAGAAAGACUACAUGCUAAAGAGUACAACUCGAUGGCUGCAGUUUCUCUGUCUGCGAACCACCAAGAUCUAAGUACAGCAACUGAUACAGUUGACCAUGACAUCCUUAUUGCCUGUCUUGAGCAAUAUGAUGGUAUACAAGAAACGGCUUUGAAAUGGUUCAGAUUAUACCUCACAGGCAGAAGCUUUUCAGUCAGCAUGGGAGAUUUCUCCUCAUCCUCUACUCCAAUUACCUGUGGGGUCCCUCAAGGAUCUGUUCUGGGUCCAGCUGAACAGAUUCAGAACCCAGUGGUUAACAGUCAUUGGCCACACCUAAGUUCCUGCCUAGAGAUUCCUCGGGUCAACAGUAUGAAGCUCCAUGAAAGUGUUUCUACAUUUCUUCCCAUAAAACCAAAGCACUUAGGACCAGAGUUUAUUCAUGCAGCUGGAGAGAAGAAAGUUAAUUUGGAAUUGCCUGGAUCAAUUGUGACAAAGAAGGGGAAGUCUGGUGCAACACAGAGGUGUAUUGACAUUAUUAUGCCAAAUGAACAAUGUAUUGAUGUGAAGUGUGAUAUUAAAUCUAAAGCUCGAGAUGUGUUUGACAUGGUUGUAGCACACGCAAAUCUAGUCGAAAAUUUCUACUUUGGUCUCGCUUUCACUGAUGAUAAUGAAUAUUUCUUUCUGGACCAUGAGACCAGAUUAUCUAAAGUUGCUCCAGAAGGCUGGAAGAAGUCACCAUCAGUUCGAUUUGUUCUUUUUCUUAGAAUAAAAUAUUUUGUGGAUCAUAUUAGCUUUAUUCAGCACAGAUUGACAUGGCACCAGUAUUACUUACAAAUGCGAAAAGACAUCCUUGAAGAAAGGAUCUACUGCAGCGAUGAAACAGCUUUACAGCUUGGGUCUUUGGCCUUGCAGUCUGAAUUUGGGGACUAUAUCCCAGAGGUAUAUGGGCAAAACUUUUUUCAGUUGGAACAUUAUAUUCCAAAAAGUGUAAUGGAGAAAAUGGAUUUGGUAUAUUUAAAAAAUGAGCUUUCAAGACUGCAUGCCAGAAACGUGGGGCUUUCCAGUGAAGAAACAGAAAUUGAAUUCUUAAAGGCUAUCCAACAGUUGCCUGAAUAUGGUGUUUUGUUCCACCGUGUAACAAGAGAAAAGAAGAAAGUAGGUAGGAAUUUAGUCCUCGGAAUCUGUGCCAAAGGCAUUAUUGUUUACGAAAUAAAAAAUGGCUCAAGGAUUGCAAGCCUUAGAUUCCAAUGGAGAGAGACAGAACGGAUCUCAUCCAGUAGGAAGAAAUUUACUGUUGAAAGUAGUACCAGUGGUAAAAAACAUGUAUUUCUCACAGAAAGUUCAAAAAUCUCCAAGUAUCUCUUGAAUCUUUGCUCGGCUCAGCACAAAUUUCAAAAUGAGAUGAACUCUCGCCAGCUCUGAAAUAUGUUGGCAACAGAACAAAGCUUAAUAAACUUUGAAUCUCAGAUAAAGGGACACAGGACCAGGCAGCGGCUCUCCAAUUCAGAAAUGGUACUGAAUCAUUAUAGCAAAAAUAACUUGAUGCCAAAAGACAUGAUCAGCAAGUCCUGUGACAAUUUAAGUGUCAAAAUGGAUAACGAGAGUGGAGAUGAGAUUCAUAUAUGGAGUCCUGAAAUAAAGCCAAGUAAGGAUCUGAAAGUUUCAACUCACAGAAAGCUGUUCCUUGGAAAUGAAACUUCCAGUCAAUCAGUUCAGCAGCCUUUGAAUGAAUCCCAAACCAAUAUUACAGUGCCAGAGAGAGAAAUUAUAUGUGUAACUUUGAGGAAAGAUCCACAACUUGGCUUGGGAUUCAUAAUAGUUGGUGAAGACAACACAGGGAAAUUGGACCUUGGAAUCUUUAUUGCAUCAAUUAUUCCUGGUGGACCAGCAGAAAGAAAUGGCCAAAUUAAGCCAGGAGGACGCUUAAUUUCUUUGAAUAAAACAAGUCUGGAAGGAGUCACGUUUAGCAGCGCAGUAGAAAUUUUGCAAAACUCUCCUGAAGAAGUGGAACUUAUUAUUUCACAGUCAAAGAGUGUAUGUGAAAUGCAGAAUAGAUGCUUAAAAAAAGAUAACACUCUAAGCAGCCUUUGCAAUGCUGAAAACAAGGAUGUUGGUCAAAGAGUCGAUCAGCAUGUGUAUGUGGAGGAUCUUGAAAAUGUUCUUACAGAAACAGUUGUGCCAAGGUCUGGAACGAAGCAACAAACACCUGUGGUGCGGAUACUUGAUGUGCUGGAUGGAAAUCCAAGACCAGUCUAUCCAGGCAAUCCAGAGGCAACUGACGUUCAUUGUGUGGAACUGACAAAAAUUGACGGAAGUCUUGGAAUUAGUGUCACAGGUGGAAUCAAUACAAGUGUACGUCAUGGAGGGAUAUACAUUAAAGCAGUUGUACCUGGAGGAGCUGCUGAACAAGAUGGAAGAAUCAAAAAGGGUGAUCGUAUGUUGGAAGUUGAUGGCUUCAGUCUGCAAGCUGUUACUCAUAAACAAGCUGUGGAGUGCCUGAAGAGAACUGGACAGGUAGUGCGACUGGUAUUGGAAAGAGGGCAGGACAAAGCAGCUGGGAGUCAUGACCCAGAAACUCCAAGAGCUCAUAUGUCAUUUGAUGUCAAUCAUAUGGUAAAAAACAACAUGGCAACAGCUUCUAUGGCAACGCCCUUAUCUGUCAAAGUCAAGGACUACAGCUUCGUGGAGAAUGAUAAUGUGUUUGAUAUAACAAUAAAGAAGAACAAUAGUGGCAUUGGCUUUAGUUUUCUACAGAUUGACUCAGCAGGAUAUUCAGAGGACAGUGGAAGCAUUAUAAGAAUAAAAAGACUCUUUCCUGGACAGCCUGCUGAGGAAAGUGGCAAACUUGAAGUUGGGGAUGUCAUUCUCGCUGUCAAUGGCGAGGCAGUGAAGAGGUUGUCUUAUCAGGAAGUUCUUCACCUUUUACGAGGUCCACCCACUGAAGUCAAGCUGUCUUUAUGUCGACCUCUUGCUGGCGUCCUUCCAGAAAUUGACUUUGCAGCUCUGAGCCCUGCUCCUUCUCCAGUGAAAGAGAUUAGCUCCAACUCAUCGAGACAUCACAAACCAUUUUUAAACAUACUGGAACAUAAAUGCUUGGUUACAGAGCAGAAAGAGAAUUUAAAUCUGGCUUUAGAUAAUUUGGCGGAUGUCACCCAAAAGGAUGAAAGCACAACAGACAAUAAUGAGAUGUUAGAAGAAGGAAUUGUUGCCACAUCCAUCUGUGUUUCAAUAGAACCACAGUGUGAGCAGACUGAUUCCAGUCUUGAAGAGGAUAGCCCUUCCCCUACAUGCACUAUUCUUGCUGAUGAUGUAAGGCAAAAUUGUUACUCUGAAAAUGACUUGACCCUGAAUGAUGUAGAAAGCACACUAGAAGAGAAGGAUGCUAUGGUUAACAUUGUUGAUCCAGAUGCUAUAGAUGAAGAAUAUUUGACUAUUAGCUCUACUUCCAUUACUCCUCCAACUUGCAGCUCAGAUACUCCAUCCACGCUAGUCCCUACCCCACAGCCAGGAGCUCUUGCACCAUCCCUUCAGUCUCCUCCUCAAAUUAGGGCUGAACUUCCUUGCAACAGUAGUGAUGAAUGGGAAGACACAGAUGAACAUGAAGAAAAGAGAAGGGCAAUGAGUCAAGAGUUUGAGCUCUCUGUCACACUAUCAAAAUCACGAAGUGGCAGUUAUGGAUUUACUCUCGCUCGAAGUAACCUGGAUGGUUGUUAUUAUAUUCGAGAUAUUCUAGAUAAUCCAGCCAAGUCAGAUGGCAGAUUAAGAGCUGGAGACAGAGUGAUUAUGGUAAAUGGGCAAGAUUUGAGGAAUAUAUCUCAUGAGGAUGCAAUGUCUAUUCUGAGAUGUUCACCUGAUAGACUCAUGUUGAUAGUUGGCCGGGUUGUCCAAAAUCUUCGAUUGCCAUUGCCUUCAGAAAGCAUUCCUGAUAUUGUAAUUUUAAGAAGCCCAACUGGACAGUUAGGUUUAAAACUAACUGGAGGAAUUGGCAGUAAAUGGCAGGGAAUUUAUGUUCUAGAGAUUGUUGAAGGUUCCCCUGCCAGUGAGGAAGGCAGCCUUCUACCCAAUGACAAGAUUCUUUAUAUCUGCGGAAAAUGUACAAUGGGGAUGACUUUAGAAGAUGCUGUGAAGACUUGUGAGGCAGCAACACGCAAAGUAAAAAUCAAGGCCAUUCGAGAUGACCAACCAGUGGUGCCAAAAGGAAAACGUAAUGGAUUAUUUGAAUGGAAACGUGAAAUUAAACUUUUCCCUCGGUUUGAAGAACAGAAACCUACAGAGCAAGAAGAGCAAAGUGAAGACACAAAACAAGCAUCUGUAGAUGAACAAAAACACAGACGCAGAUUAUCUGGAACUUCAGAAGAAGAGACUUGCCUAGUUCACAUUGAGCUCCAAAAGCCAGAAAAAGGAGGCUUCGGUUUUUCAUUAGUAGGAGGAGGCAGUGGCAAUGCACUCAGAGUCAAAGCCAUCAGUCCCGGAAGCUUGGCUGAUCUAGAUGGACGGCUGAAAACUGGAGACAUUUUAAUAGAGGUCAAUGGGGAUAUUGUAGCUGGCCUGAGUCAAAGUAAAGUUGUUGAAAUUUUACGAAAAUCAGAAGGAUUUGUGCAGCUGACUGUCAGUAGAAAUAUAGAGGCAGGAGGUCACGACAUGCAGGCAAGAUGCAGAAAAAAGGCUGAACAGUUUGCUAGUGCAUACUGCAAGGAAGAAGACAAAGAAUCUCCUUUACAAAUCAACGGUCAAAAACAUUUAAAAACAGUGCAAAUGAUGCAGAGAGAUUCUGAGAUUCAGGAUGGUGUUGCUUCAGAUAUUUCUGUGUUUCCCACUCCAGUCUUAAAUCCUCGAACUGCAAUCAUUGUUAAAGAUAAACUGUUACCAAAAAAUGACAGCUUAGAUUCUCAGGAGCACAAAGGCCAAACUCCCAGCCGUCAGUACAGACCUCAUGAGGAUUCUGAUGGUUGGAGCAGUGACGAUGAGUCCCUUGAUCCAUCUGGGCAGGAAUUUCUUCCAGCUACAGGUGAAGCCAUUGUUUCUGCUGAAGAAAUCAACAGCUUCUUCAGGAUAAUGCCAUCUGGAAAUGGUCGAUAUUCUGGAUCCAAUCUGAAGUCUGUGAUCCAAAUUCUUCAGCAACAAAUUGAAGAGCAGAAGCCACUUAAGGAGUUCACAGCUUUAGAACAUUUAAAACCAAUUGACAGCUGUCUGAUAGGAAAAUCUCCGGAGAACAGAGAAAAAAACAGAUACAGAGACAUUCUGCCAUAUGAUGAAACUCGAGUCCUAGUUGGCAAAAAGCAAGAUUACAUCAAUGCAAGCUACAUACGCAUGUCAGUGGGCACACAGCAGUAUUACUACAUCUCUUCUCAAGGCCCUCUGCCUGGCACAUGUGAUAUUUUCUGGCAAAUGGUUUGGGAAAAUAAAUCAAAUGUUAUUGCCAUGAUGACUCAAGAAGUGGAGCGUGGAAGAGUCAAGUGUCAUAAAUACUGGCCUGACAGACUAAAUGAGCCAAAAGAGACAAACAAGUACCAGCUUAUUUUGGAAAAUUUUCAGAUUCAAGACUACUUUCAAAUUAGCAUCAUUAGAAUGACUGAUAAAAAGACUGGACAGAUCCACUUUGUGAAGCAUUUAAAAUUCACAACAUGGCCAGACCAUGGGACGCCACAGUCAUCCGAGCAUCUUGUCAAGUUUGUUCGCUAUAUGAGGUCUAUUCAUCGAUGUGGUCCAAUAAUCGUCCACUGCAGUGCUGGGAUUGGAAGGAGUGGAGUCCUCAUCUGCAUUGACGUCAUCCUAAGUCUGGUUGAAAAAGAUUUCGAAGUCAACGUCAGUGAUAUAGUAAGGGACAUGCGACUCCAAAGAUAUGGAAUGAUACAAACUAAGGAUCAGUACCUGUUCUGCUAUAAAGUCUUACUGGAAGUUCUUCAACGCAUUCAGCUGCUUCAGGACAAUGAAGAACAUUGACCAUUUUCCAUUUAAUUGAUUUUUCAUACACAAGAAAAUUUGUAAUAUCAGUUUGCCUAUUUGCACUUGCCCAAAUCCCCAUUAAAUAAACAGAGGUACAGCAGUAAUAAAUAAGGAAUAGCAGCAAAAACCAUUUAAAAUGCAUACAGCGUGUAACUCAAUAAAACCAUGACACACAAAAAACAUACAAUACUGAGAAAGGUAUUCCAUUCAGAGAUCCCUUCCGUGAGCUGUCACCUUUAUAAAUACAAGCCAGGUUGCCAACCCAGUGAACCUGAACAGGCAUUUCUCUCUUGGCAUCCACAUCAAGUUCUGGCUCAGGCUAUUGCUGUCAGCAAAAAGCAGAAUCCAUGUGUCCUAUCACAUUGUACUUCUAUUCCCAUCUUUGUUGAUUUCACACUUCAGCCAGACAAUUGGCAGCAGAGGCCAGCAACCCCAUCAUCUGAUUUUCACAAGAUAAACACUCACAGACGUCCGACGUCCGCCCUCCUUCGGGAGGAUCACUGCAAAUGUCUCACUCAAAAAAAAAACCAAGAUGGGCAAGUCUGCUUUCUUGGCAGGGUGACACAAGACUGGCUCAUCAUAAUGUGAACACCACAGAUGUAUUUUUUUUUCCUGCGUAUUAUAUAUUGCAUAAGACUAUAAAAGAGUGAAAACCAAGGGAAUC